AUGAAAUCGUUCUUCAUCUUGUUAAUCACCAUCAGUUUCCUUCUUCAAACUGAUGCAUACGCUAAUAUGCGAUCCAAAAAGAAAACAGCACCAAUUGGUCCAACAUGUACUCAAGGUGGUCACAAUCCAUUACCUCCAUCUGGAGUAUGUCCUAAAUCAAAUACCACGUUUGUUUUUCCAGGUAUGCACGAUGUUCCUGCCAGUCAAGCAGCUGUUCACCGUUGGGCGCCAUGGUUUAGUGUCGAGUGGGUAUUCUAUUAUGUUUUCGACCCAGCCAAUAUUCCACCUUAUUUUCCUGUGCCUCAAGGAAAUUUCACAUUUACGAACGGACGAACGUAUUUCGAUGAUACAACUGAGCGAGGUAGAUGUAUGAGAGAAGUAUAUGAUACACGAUGCAUUCCGAUCUUUUUCACGGAUGUUUUAUCAACAAACAAUAAUUAUUCGUGUGAUUUUCUCAAUAUUGCUUCAACACAAACAGCUUAUUUAAUCUUGCAUGAAGAUCGACCUAAAGGCGCGCCAGAAUGUUGCAUCAUUGGUCAACCAUUUCAUCCACCAUCCAGAAAUUUUUCCGAUAAUUUAUAUAUUAAAAAAGCUUCAACUAUUGAAGGUAUUGAUAUCGAUUGGAAUGGUUUAACAUUAGAAGAUGCUGGCCUAUUUCUUUAUGGUUUUUAUAAUAAAACAACAGUCAUUCCACAUGAUCCAAUUCCUGCUUCACGUCCUUAUGUAUUUUAUAUGAUGGGUGCACCACAAAUAGCAACAUGGAUGUAUCAAAAGUUUGGCGAUUGGGAUCCGAUUAGUAAACCAGAUCCACGUGUUUGGGAAAUUCCUGAAUCAUGUCGGCAAGCAACUGUGUGUCCAGGAUGGGGUUAA